UCCUCAUCUCGAUCAGAGUCCUUCUCCCGCCGCACAGACUACAGUAGCAAUGGCUAACGCUCCUCACGGUGGUGUCCUCAAGGACCUGGUUCUCCGCGACGAACCGAUCGCCGCUCAGCUCAAGGAGGAGGCCCUCGGCCUGAAGGACAUUGUCCUCACUGAGCGCCAGCUCUGCGAUCUUGAGUUGAUCAUCAAUGGUGGCUUCAGCCCGCUCGAGGGCUUCAUGAACGAGAAGGACUACAAGAGCGUUGUGGACACCAUGCGCUUGGCGGAUGGCGUGCUGUUCCCCAUGACCAUCGCCCUCGACGUCUCUCGCGAGGACAUCGACAACCUCUCGAUCGCGCCCGGUGCGCGCCUCGCCCUUCGCGACCCCCGUGACGAGGAGGCGCUCGCGAUCAUCACCGUCGAGGACGUAUACCAGCCCGACCGCGUGAAGGAGGCCGAGAAGGUCUUCGGCGCGGACGACCCUGCGCACCCCGCUGUCGCGUACCUCCGCUCGAAGGUCAAGGACUUCUACAUCGGCGGCAAGGUGCAGGCGAUCCAGGCGCCGCAGCACCACGACUACGUCGCGCUGCGCUACACUCCGACCGAGCUCCGCAACCACUUCAAGAAGCUCGCAUGGAGGAAGGUCGUCGCCUUCCAGACGCGCAACCCGAUGCACCGCGCUCACCGCGAGCUGACUGUCCGCGCUGCCCGCCAACGCCAAGCUAACGUCCUGAUCCACCCUGUUGUCGGUUUGACGAAGCCGGGUGAUGUCGACCACUAUACCCGUGUUCGCGUCUACGAGGCGAUCAUGCAGAAAUACCCCAACGGCAUGGGCCACCUUGCCCUCCUACCCCUCGCUAUGCGGAUGGCUGGUCCUCGCGAGGCCGUCUGGCAUGCGAUCAUCCGUAAGAACUACGGCUGCACGCACUUUAUCGUCGGCCGUGAUCACGCUGGCCCGGGCAAGAACUCGCAGGGCAAGGACUUCUACGGCCCGUACGACGCGCAGGACCUCGUCACUCAGUUCCACGAUGAGCUCCAGAUCGAGAUGGUGCCGUUCCAGCAGAUGACCUACCUCCCGUCCACGGACGAGUACCAGCCGGUCGACUCGGUUCCCAAGGGCGUGCAGACCCUCGAUAUCUCUGGCACGGAGUUGCGUCGCCGUCUCAAGACCGGCGCCCCCAUCCCUGACUGGUUCUCUUACGAGGCUGUCGUCAAGACCCUCCGCGAGAGCUACCCGCCGCGCACGAAGCAGGGCUUCGUCAUCUUCCUCACCGGUCUCUACAACUCCGGCAAGGAGAAGAUCGCGAAGGCGCUCCAGGUGACCUUCAACGAGCAGGGCGGUCGCAGCGUGUCCCUCCUCCUCGGGGAGGACGUGCUGGAGAAGGAGCUCGAGUUCACGCCCGAGAACCGCCACCAGAGCACGCAGCGCAUCGCGUUCGUCGCCGCCGAGCUCACCCGCGCGGGUGCAGCGGUCAUCGCUGCCCCGAUCGCUCCGGCGGAGCACUCGCGUGCUGCCGCGCGCGACACUGUCCUGCAGCAGGGCGGCUCGGGCGGCAACUUCUUCCUCAUCCACGUCGCCACGCCGCUCGAGGAGUGCGAGCGCACGGACCGCAAGGGCGUGUACAAGGCCGCGCGCGAGGGCAAGCUCUCCGGCCUCGCGGGCGUCGAUGAGGAGUACGAGACGCCCCUGAAGGCCGAUCUCACCGUCGACACCUCGAAGCAGAGCGUGCGCGAGAUCGUGCACCAGAUCGUGCUCGUACUUGAGACCGGCGGGCUGCUGUAGAUGCCCUCCUGAGUCUUGCUGCUGCACAUACAUACACGCCCUUUAGACGCGCAAUGAGUCCAAGCUAUGUACUAUCUAUAUAUCCUCGGGAUCUGGUUUUGUUGUAGAAUUAUCGCAUGUGUAUUUGUGUCGAAUAGUAAUGCUAGCAUCGUACAACAUC